CCCACGGGACACACCGAGCAAACCCGUGCCCGCCCCACGCAGGGUGUGCAGGUGCUGCGUUCAGGGCUGCACGGAGUCCCGAACGCGGGGUGGGUCUGGAAAGUGCGAGAGGCGUCGGGCGGCGGUGACACCAUCGGGGUGGGACUGUUCCUGCGCGGCGUGACCCGCGCUGCAGUGUGGGGCUGCGGGAGGGCUUUGUUUGCCCCCUCGGCCGGCGGUGCCGCUUGCUGCAUCACGGUGGCUUUGCAGAAACCCGAGCCUCGGCGGUGACUGCAGCUCCCUAUUUGCGGAGGGUGACUCGGCCCCAGAAGCAGGCGCUGCUAUUUUGGCCGGCGGAUAAUCAGCCGCGCAAAAAUAGGCGAUGGCUCCAGGACGGUGCGUAGGGAGAGAGCGUUCUGGAAGGGGCACACCCCUGGGAAGAGGAGGAUAAAACCCCGCGUCCCGGCGGCAGCCCAGCACCGCUCCAGCCCUGCGCACAGCCUCGGCCGCAGCACCGCAGAGAUGCUUUGCCGCCUGCACUUCAUGCCGCCCACCUCCGGGUCUCUGUUCCCGUGGCUGGGACCCGUCCGCACCCUCUGGCCGCAUCCGGGCACCCUCUUUGCUGAGCUGGAGAGAGAAAUACGGAUGGAGAUGGAGAGGGCUCGGCAGUUCAUGAGCAGCUUCGAGCAGCUCCUGACCAGCGGGAGCAGCUCCAACCGCGUCAGCAUCGAGCGGGCACCGAGCAGCAGCGCGGCUCUGACCCAGGGCUCCGGGGAGGGCUUCUCCGUCUGCCAGGACGUGAAGGACUUCGCCCCCGAGCAGCUGUCGGUGAAGGUGGUGGGCAGGAAGGUGGUGCUGGUGGGGCAGAAGGAGACGCAGAGCACGGACGAGAAGGGCUCCUUCUCCUACAAGUACGAGGUGCUGAAGCGCGAGUGGGACGUGCCCGAGGAGGUGGACGCCGAGGCGCUGAGCUGCUCCCUGUCCAGCGAGGGGCAACUCCGCAUCGAGGCCCCCCGGCUGGCCCUGCCGCCGCCCAACGAGAGGAACGUGCCCAUCCAGCUGCCGGCAGCAGCGGCACAGCCGGCGGCCAACGCCGAGGACGGAGCCGAGAGAGCCAAGGCGUGACGGAGCAGCGCGGGGCCGGGCUGAGCCCGGUGCUGGGGCACCGCCGGCCGCAGAGCGGGGCUGUGCCGGCCCUGACGUGGGGGGGGGGGGGAUCUC